CCGGCGGACCCCACCCCACUACUCUCUUCCCUCGCCGUCGCCCAAAGGGUCUCCCUCCGCGGAGCCGAGCUCAAUGGAAGCAGAAGCGCCGAGAGGCAUGGAGCAGGAGGAGCCGGAGCCGGAGCCGGAGCCGUCGCCUUCAUCGUCGUCGGUCACCUACAAAUUGGUCCCGUGGUUGAGCUGGGACGAGUGGGACUCCGUCCGAGCCUCUCUCUUCUCUCCCUCUCCGGACUCCGUCGCCUCCGCGCUCCGAAGAAUAACAGCGUGGAGAAGCCGAGGAUGUCUUCCUGUGGCAGUCGAAGUCACGGCUUCCAUCAUCGAGAUUCAGCAGAAGGAUCCUUUCUUCAGGAAAGACCUGCCUCAUAAUGCUUUCUCUGAUUCUGAUGAAAUCCUGGCUAUGCUCUAUUGCAUGGCGAUUAUGAGGCUUGUGAACGGUGUUGUCGAAAAGACACGGAAGAAAACAGAGGUGUCAAUUGCAGAGGCUGCUAAUGCAAUUGGUAUUCCGCGUAUGCUGAUUGAUAUUCGUCACGAGGGUUCUCAUCGUGAACUACCUGCGCUUCCCUUAGUUCGUGAUGCCUCACGUCAGGCCCUUAGUUGGCUAAAGUCCUACUACUGGGAACCUCAGAAGAAAGCAAUGCCGUCUAAAAGAUAUGGGAGUCUUCGAGCCAGAAAAGAAGUCAAGUCUAAACUUCGUGAAUUGGCUAUUUACUUGAGAAAUAAGCAGAGUCCACCAUCAACAUCACUGGUUAAGGAAAAAAGCAUAAAACAUUGUGGGCGUAGUAAGGUUUUAUUGCUUGUGGCUGGAAGGCUUCAUACAUUUAAAUCUGGAGGUUCCAAAAAGACGAUGAGCAAGAUCCUGAAAAAUCUGGUGCAGUUAUAUGCUUCCUUCUCCACAGAAGUAAUCUCUGUAUUGUUGGAGUUUCUUCUUAAGGUCGUCAACUCUUCUGACACGUUGGAGCUUCAACAAGAAAUCCAUUAUCCACAUGGUAAUCGGACUUUGCUGGAUGACUGGAUGCUUCUUAUGACAAAAUUAAUAAAUAAGGAACCAAAAAUGCUUCUGGACCUUCUCAAGGCAGUCCUUGAUAUGAUUGAUACGGAAGAAGCAAGCAACAGUGAAACUGGAACGCAACAUUUGAUGCCAUCCCGACAUAGAGUAAAGACCUAUCAAAUUGCACCCCUCUCCUCUUUGUUUGCAUGGCUUGUUGCCAUAUCGAAGGGACUGAAGUCUUUCCGAGAUGUAGAUUCUUCUUCUGAAACUGAAGUUCCUGAUGCACGGAGGAGUACAUCCAGGGAAAUGCUGAUGGGCAUCCUCCGUAAAAGUCUUCGGGUUGGAGCUCUGGGGAACAAACAGCUCAUGGACUCUGCCAUUCAGAUUUCAGAGGUCAUCGGGAACAAUUCUUUGGUGGACAAACUUAACAAACUCUCUUUGGUUUCAGCCACAACUUUGGAUGUCACUUGUAUGACGAGUUCUUCGACAUUUGCUGAGCAAGAAGACUACCUCCGAUUGGCUGCUGAGAAGCUGGUCAGACUUAGUCGAGUGAAGAACAAAGCUUUGAGCCCAACAAACACUGAUGGACACAAUAAAUGCAGAUGGGCCGUUGCCAAAUCAUGGAACCCAUGUCCAAUAGGCACAUUGCCGCUCGACUUCGGGUUCUCCGGUCGUCUUCCUGUCCUUGAUUGUAAAACGGGGGAAGCACCAGAAGCGUUUGAAAGAAACUCAACACAGGAACUGAAUCAGUGUGCUGGGAAGAGAGAAGCAAGCUGCGAUGCCGAUUCUUUGCUUGACUCGAGGAAUAAGAAAAUGAGGGAGGCAGUGGUGGAUUGUGAAUUGGAAGACAUGGUUGUGUCCGGAGGUGCCGGUGGCUGUUUGAUGUUGGGUGGGGUGUGGAAGAAGGUUGGAUUAGAAGAGCUAGAAGCCAUCAAGUCAUCCAUUAGGAUUUUAGUUUGAGCUGUCUUCCUUUGUUGUUAAUGAAGCCUUAAUUUAACAGAAGCUCCAAAACUGGAAAUGCAUUUUACAGUUUAUGUUGUUUUGUUUUCUGA